AAGGGAACAAUCGCGAUGCGCACGUGGUUGGGGGGUUUUGUCAACCCCGCUCGUCUGUGAUGGGCAAGUCCUGGCUGCUCUUAACCUCAGCCUGACCCAUAUUUGAGAGGAUUAUCGCAACCCGUACAAACAAUUUCUGAUGUUCUUUCGCAGGGAAAAUAGGGCAAGUUUUCAGGCUGCAAACAGUGAAAUCUGAAAUGAUAUCGGGGCACUUUGGGGUGAGACAAGGCGCUUCCUAACCGAGAUUAUUUUGACAAAAGCCCUUUUCUCCCACCUCUUUCCAGAGCUGCAUCACCCUUUGGGGAAACUUUCCCAGAGAGCAAGAGCAACCUAGAAAUAAAAGCAGGAAUAAAUGGGGGGGGGGAGCCAGAUCCUGCACAGCCCGAGAACCCUGAGCUUGCUUAAACUUUGGUCCACAGGUCCGUCUGUCCGGGUGCAUCUUCCUCUGCUGAAGAGGAAUUGCUUUUUGCACAUCACCUUUCACGUAGCAGUGCAUCAGCUCCAAAGCACACCUGCUGGAAUUGCUUAAGUAAUUCCUAAAUAUUUCUGCUUUCUGGCUCAUAUGCUGGAGGAAUCCUUGCUGCGGGGGUGUUUUCAUUUUCUCGUCUAACAUGGCAGUGGUCCAUCGCGGCGGAGGUUUUUAGCUUAAACAAUCUGUUUGUGGGGCUGCUGAUGGCUCUCACUGUGCAUUUUGAGGAGGCAUCUACUGCAAAAGAGAGAUCAAAGAUUUCUAAACUUGGUGCCUUUUGCUGUGGGCUCAGCUUGUGCAAUCAGCACACAAUAGUGCUUUAUAUCGCUUGUAUUGUGCCUUGGAUUCUCUCCCAGCUUUUCAGAAAGACGGAAUUGUCCCUAGGCCAUUUGCUGAAGUUGGGUUUAUGCUUCUUGGCUGGUUUGCUGCCUUAUCUCUAUCUGCCGGCGUCAUCCUACCUCAAUCGAGCCCGUUGGACAUGGGGAGACCAGACGACUUUUCGAGGAUUUUUGACCCACUUUCUCAGGGAAGAAUAUGGGACAUUCAAUCUGGCCAAGUCCGAGACAGGAUCCAGUAUGAGAGAGAUGCUGGUGUUUCAGCUGGCGCAUACGAAGUCGGAGCUCUCCCUUCCUGUCCUCGCCCUGGCACUCGUGGCCUGCGUGAGCACAGCCCUGCCGACAAAGCAGCAGAAAUCACUUGUGAUCUGGCUCUUCGCUGGAAUGCUCUGUCUUUAUUCCCUCUUCUUUGCUUGGAGGGCAAAUUUGGAUAUUACAAAACCUCUGUUUCUGGGCGUGGUGGAGCGAUUCUGGCUGCAGAGCAGUGCGGUGGUGGCUGUGCUGGCGGGGCUGGGGCUGGCCACACUCCCCUCGGCCGGCAGCGCCGUGCUGGAGGGCAGCCGGGUGCUGCCGUGGCUGGAGUGGCUUUCUGCUCUCGCUCUUGUCACUUCUCAAGUUUGGGCAAAUUACAGCACUUGUGAUCAGAGCAACAACUACGUUGUUGAUAAGUUUGCAAGGAAUCUUCUGUCCUCUAUGCCAGUGGGUGCAGUGAUCUUGCUAAGAGGAGACUUACCUGGGAAUGCUCUUCGUUACCUUCAUUAUUGUGAAGGAAUGAGGCCAGAUAUCACCUUAGUGGACCAGGAGAUGAUGACAUAUGAAUGGUAUUUACCCAAGCUGGCAAAGCAUUUACCUGGAGUUUAUUUUCCUGGGAACCGGUGGAAUCCUGUGGAAAGAGUAUUACCCGAUGGGACAAUUGCUUUUAAUCUCCAUCAUUUCCUCAAAGUAAAUAAACAUAAGGAAGUGUUUGUCUGCAUAGGUCUUCAUGAAGGUGACUCGACCUGGAGAAGGAGCUAUUCGCUCUGGCCAUGGGGUACGUGUGAAAAGUUGGUUCCUUCUGAUGCUGUCUUUGACCCAGGAGAAUGGAUUCAUCUUACAAGAAAUCUCUAUAACUGGACUGAAGACUAUGGCAGUUUCAAGCCCUCUUCCUGGGAAGCUGUUGCCAACGAGGAGAUGUGGCAAGCCAGGAUGAAAACAGCUUUCUUUAUAUUUGACCUUGCAGAAACUGCCAGUGUGUCUGCAGAAAUGAAAUCACAACUUUACACAUUCGCAUACAUGUUGUACAAAGAAAUUGUCAACUCUCAUCCAAAUCACCCAGUGAACUGGCACAAAAACUACGCCAUCGCCUGCGAGAGGAUGUUGCGUCUCCGUCGGGUGGAUAUGGAUCCUGAAGCGUUGCUCUCUGAAACUGUGAAACAUUUCCUUUUGUACACCCAGAAAGCGGAGGAUGAUCCCCAGCGGCAGGAUAUUCUGCAGGCUGUGAAGCACCUGAAGAAAGAGCUGCAGGGGCUGAGGAAAAUGAAAGAAGAUCUGAGGCGGCAAGCUGGCUAGUGCCCGGUCCUUCACGCAUGUGCUGAAAUUUCGAAGUCAGGACUUAAAAUCUGAAUUAUUCCUUGACAACAUGAGAAUGGUUUUAUAAGGCGACAGAAGUGGCAGCGGAGAGGAAAUCAAGUGUGAUUGCCUCUGCAGGAACGUACUGUUGUUCGGUCUUUGAUUGCUGUUGCCAAAUGAACUAUUUGUGGUGUUUUGGGGGGAGGUGGGGGGGAAAGCUCAUCAUUAAAUAAAAUAUUCUGUUUCAAAAAGGAGAGUUUUCUUUUAAACCUGCGAAUCUGUUGUACUGUGAAGAUAUCUGGGGUUUCUUGUUUGGUUGGUUGUUUUUUUUUAAUGGAUGCAGCAUCUUUUAUAGAUGCCAAAAAUUUGUUUAGCCUUUAAAUGUUUCUUCUGUUACUGAGCCAAGAGGUUUUCUACAGCCAUUUUGCUUUAGCCGUGCUGUGUCUGUGUGUUUUUAUGGUCCUGGGGCAGCACGGUUGGGUAGGUUUCCAUCAGGACAAGCAUAUGGGAUGGUGCCCUUCACAGGUUCACUGGUUUGGAUGUGCCCUGUGCCCAGGGGUGCUGCAGGCACGAUGUCCUGCUGGUGUGGGAUGUUGGGGAGAGACCAACCCAGCUCUUUCUGCCUCCCUUGCUUCUCAGGGAUGGUUAUUUUCAUUACACUGAGAUUUUAUGUUGGGGUAGACUAUAUUGCUGUAGUUUUUCAACAUUGAGCCAAGCAAUUUGUGUGUUUUCUCUUGCAGAGCGCCGUGACUGUAGGCAGCAGCGUGGCAUCUCCUCCCUGGGGCAGAGGGACCGUGGUGCUGAGACCCUGCGUGGGGACACGAGAUCAGCCCCCCUGGGACACUGCUCUCCACGUGCCUCGUGGCAUCUGUGCCGUGGCCUCCUUCUGUGCAAGUCCAUAGGUACUCAUCUACUCUGCCACGUCCUCGCAGGUACAGAGGAUGCCAGAACUGCAGUUUUAGAGGUGACAGGGACUUUAACCAAAAGAACGGAGUGUGAAUCCCUCCUGCUUUUCAAUCUACCCCAAAAGCCAAGCAGCUUGGUUAACGAGCUCAGCUACUGGUUUUCUAAAAAUAAAAGACAUAAAAUAGUAUGUUUUUCAAAAAGUUGUCAAUUAACAUGUACUUCAAAUGCUUAAAACAGCCCCAAACCUCUGGUAUUGUUCCUGGAAAGUUGUGUGCAUCUAAAUUUUCGUACUUUGUUCUGUGGUUCCGUGAGAUCUCAGCCCACUGUUUGAUAGGAGACAAAUUGCCUCCAGGCCAGGAUAUCAUUUGGACUAGGAGAAUUUUCAAAGAAGAAAGAAGUUCUUCUGUAAAGACCGUGUUAUCAAGUGGCACCUCUGGAAGCUUCCCAGAGGCUCAGCAGAGCAGAUCAGGAUGCAGGAGCGAGGGGGGAUGCACGGGAGUGCUCUGUUAGUCUCUAGUUUGAAGUGCAUGGAGGUGCAGAUUUACGCUUGUGUGGCUACUAAUCCUAAUAGUUCCUUUUAAAAGUAGCCUAUUUUUAUUGUUCUCUACAAGUGUUGAUAUUCCCAGAUUGACUUUCAUUGAAUGCUGGCUGUAUAAAAAUCAAGCUGCUGUCUAGGAAUCUGUAACUUCAGUUGCAAAAUAAUAUCUUCUAUUUUUCUCCCUCUCAUUCCAAUUUAUUUUCAUAGUAUGAUUUCCAUAGCAAUUCCCCCUGUUACUUCUAUAAAUGAUUCCUGUACAAACAGCGGAUGAGAAAUGAGCAAUAAAAAGAAAGAAAACUCUG